AUGCCAGUACAACCCCCGGAGGCCACCGACGAGCAGUCCGCGACGUCGUCAUUCCCAUUUGACCGCCUCCCGCCCGAGAUCCAGCUGCUCGUGCUGGAAGCCGCCCUGCCCUCGCAGCGCAUCUUCCACGUCUCCGGCGAGCGACGCCACGGUGGCGGCGGUAGCUUCACCUUUCACGUCCGACACGCGCCGCCCGCCGUGCUGUCCGUAUGCCGCGCCGCCCGCACCACCGUGCUCCGCCGCGGGCUGUUCCUCGACGGCGCGCACGGCGCCUUCUUCCUGCCCGCCGUCGACAUGCUCUACCUCGACCGGAGCCACCGGCGGCACCUGCAGAGGCCCGCCGCCGACGACGCUUGGGCAGCGGUCGUCCAGCACGUCGGGGUCGAGUGGCGCGCGCUCCCGCGGCUGGUGCCACUGCCGGAGGAGGCGCGCGUGCCGUGGGGCGACUCGCUCGUCAUGCACGAGCUGCCGCCGCCGCGAUCUACGAGGGGGGCGACGCUGUCGCUGGCGGAGCUGCUGGCGGACGCUCGCAAGAGCUACCUGGUGCCGUGGGGCCAGAUGAGGAGGAUGAUUGAGGAUGCGCGCCGCGGAGAGGAGGCCGCGGGUGGGAAGCAGCACGGCGGGGACUGGAGGGAGCUGGAUUUGAGGGGCUUCUGGCUGUUGCGAGCGGAUGCCGUGUAUGCGGAGGAUGUGACGUCGUUCUGGAGCUAA